GCAGAGGUUGGAACUAACGAGUUUGAUGCAGCGGCAAUAAAAGAAACACUUCGUCAGUUGCUCCAAAGACAUGAUGCCAGGUCAAUUUAUGGAUAGACUGUGUCACGAGCCGAAAGAGAUAGUCAACAGGGAAGUCAUGUGUCAGUGAAAAGGGCAGAAGCAGCAGCACGCUUAGCUGCAAAACGUGCUGAACUAAAAAGGGAAAAGGAAAUUUCAGACCAAAGAAAGGAGGUGCUAGCACAACAAGAGAAGUUGAAAAUGCUGGAGGGUCAAAGGGAUCUUGAAGCCAUGGAAGCUGAAUAUACUGUGUAUGAGGAAGAGGAAUCAAAACUGAAUGCUAAAAUAGGUGAUACAAAGGAAAGCAUGGCUUUGCCUCCUUGUCAGCAACCUCUGCAACCUCAUGACACUUCAGGCGCCCAGGUUCCUCAAGAACCUUUAGUCCAACCUUCUGCUGGAAUUAAGCUAGAUCCAAAAAUAAGUGAGGUUCUAUUAGUUAAAGCUAUAAAGGAGUCCCUAGCCAUCACUAAACUUCCCGCACCAGAACCAUGCAUGUUCACAGGUGACCCUCUCAAAUUUAUUGAAUGGCGCACAUGCUUUAAAGCUUUAAUCGAAACCAACUGUGUGAACCCACCACAAAGGCUGUUCUAUUUGAAAAGGACCGUCCAUCAGGAGAAAGGCUAGAAGCUUCACCUGAUGAAAGAGUUUCCACUAGCUUAUGUAAUAUGGGAAUUGAUGACUAUGAUCGCACUUCAAUGAUUGUUCCAGUGUGGCUCUCUUGUGCAACUAAAGACAGCCCAGAAACCCUAGUCUAGCAUUACUGGACACACAAAGCAGUAAUACAUUUAUCAGUCAGGACAUCUGCGACAAACAGCCAGCAAACACAGAACAUGUGAAAUUAAAGCUGUCCACAAUGACUGAUAGAGCUGCGAUAGAGCACUAUCAGAGAGCAGUUGGACUAAGAGUGAGAGGUUAUAGUCUGCAAGAGUACAUCGAGUUGCCACCCGUAUACACUCGAGAGUACAUUCCCUUGGAACGAGAUAGCAUUCCUACUUGCAAGAAGGCUCAGAGAUGGACACACCUGCUCAGUGUUGCAGACCAGUUGCCAGAGUUGUUGGAUUGUCCUGUAGGGCUUCUAAUUGGCUAUGAUUGUCCAAGGGCUCUGAAGCCAACCCAAGUGAUAUCAGGGAAGGAUCACGAACCAUACGCAGUCAAGACAGACUUAGGCUGGAGUAUAGUGGGAUCCAUAUUACCCAAUACUUGCUCUAAUAAUGAAUCAGGUUUCUGUCAUCGCAUUUCUGUGAAAGAACUCUCAGCCAUAACACCUGCCUCUAUAAUCAGGACGUUGGAGGCAGACUUUCGGGAUACAGACACUAACAGAAAGACAAUAUCUCAGGAGGACAUUCAAUUUCUUCAACAGAUGGAUGAAAGAGUUAAACACAACAGAGAAGGACAUAUGGAAAUACCUUUACCUAUCAGAGAACGUCCUCAAUUACCAAACAAUAAGCAGCUUGCUACGGUUCGUUUAAAACAUUUGAAAAGAAAACUGGAGAGAAGUCCUAAGUACAGAGAUGACUAUGUGGAAUUUAUGGAUCGUGUCUUUAAAGAUGGUGAUGCAGAACAAGUUGAUGCCACACCAGAAUAGGGCAAUAUGUGGUACACUCCCCACCACGGGGUGUAUCAUCCCAGAAAGCCAGAGAAAAUUAGAGUGGUAUUUGACUGCUCAGCCAAAUUUGAAGGUACGUCUCUAAAUGACCACUUGCUCACAGGUCCAGACCUAACUAAUGCAUUAAUUGGAGUGCUGUGUAGAUUUUGUGAGCGUCACAUCGCAAUUACCUGCGAUGUGGAGAAAAUGUUCCACCGCUUUCAUGUCACUCUUGAAGAUCGUGAUUUUCUACGAUUCUUAUGGUGGGAAAAUGGAAACAUUGAAAAGGAGCCUAAAGAAUAUCGUAUGCGAGUGCAUAUUUUCGGAGCUGCAUCUUCUCCAGGAUGUGCAAAUUAUGGCAUGAAAUACCUUGACUGCAAAUAUGAAAAGGACUACCCACUGGCAGCAAGCUUCAAUCGAAAAAAUUUCUACGUGGAUGAUGGGCUCAUCAGCGUUGAAUCAGUUGAAAAGGCCAACAAAUUGGUCAGUGAAGCGCAAGAAGUCUUAGCUAAAGGAAAACUGAGUUUACACAAAUUUGUGUCCAACAGCAGAGAAGUCUUGAAUGACAUUAAAAAAACUGAACGUGCCAGUGCAGUGAAAGAUGUGGAUCUGAACUACAGUGAACUGCCAAUGCAGAGUGUACUUGGAGUAAAAUGGAAUAUAGAGUCUGAUACGUUCUCAUUCAAAGUCGAUCUUGCUGAAAAGGCUGCCACUCGACGAAGAAUUCUAUCCACAGUUGCAAGUGUGUACGACCCAUUUGGUUUUCUCGCCCCCUAUAUAUUGACGGGGAAAAGAGUGCUUCAAGAGAUGUGCAAACGGGGCGUAGGAUGGAAUGAUUCUCUUCCUUCUGAGCUGAUGCCAAAGUGGAAUUCAUGGCUCAAUGACUUGGAGAAUCUUCAUAAAAUCCAAAUACCAAGAUGUUUCAUUCCUGAGAACAUGGGCAUCAUCCAAAAAAUAGAGCUGCAUCAUUUUUCCGAUGCCAGCAAAAAUGGUUAUGGACAGUGUUCAUAUAUCAGGGUUGUUGCUGACGAAAGAGUGCACUGUACGCUGGUCAUGGGUAAGGCCAGAGUGGCCCCCACUAAGGUUUUCAGCAUACCACGCCUUGAACUGACAGCAGCUACAGUCUCUGCUGCAGUAAGCAAAGUUCUUCGAGAGGAGCUUGAUCUGAAAAUAGAUCAAGAAUUUUUCUGGACCGAUUUGCAGGUAGUAUUGGGGUACAUCAAAAAUGAAGCACGACGCUUUCAGGUAUUUGUAGCGAAUUUGUAUUAUCAUAGUUGAACUACAUUAUGGUUAAACUGCAGUUACUAUAAUGCAACUAUGGUUAAUUUGUGAUUCCUGUGCUUUAAUGCAAAUUCUAUAGCUAAACUAUGCUCACUAUAGUAAAAAAUAUCGAUAAUUUUCAUAAGGGCUUUUAUUGAGAUAUCAGCAGAUCAUGCAACGCAUGUACUUUUCUGAAAAUAUGCACACAGGAAUUGAUAAGAGGAAUUCAAAUUUUAAUCUCAAGUAUCCGAUUCCUGUUCCUUUCGAUUCCGAUCCGAUUCCUAGCCUUUCGAUUUUGAUUCCAAAUUGGAAUUGAUUUUCGAUUCCCAACCCUAGUUAGAAGUGCGAUGAGUGCUGUUCUUGCUCAGGCUAAAGGAAGAUUGGAUGACACCUCGUUGAGGACAUUUUUCUAUGAGGUGAUGUCUAUUGUGAACAAUCGUCCACUUACAACAAACACAAUAACUGACCCAAGAAGUGUUGAGCCGUUAACGCCUAAUCAGUUACUCACCAUGAAAUCAUUGGUGCCCCUUCCACCUCCUGGCAGAUUUGUCAGUGAAGAUUUGUAUGCGAGGAAAAGGUGGCGGGGACUGCAGUACUACUUGUCUGAACAAUUUUGGAGCAGAUGACGCAAGGAAUACCUGGCCAAUGUAAGCCUUAGACAACAGUGGCAUAAACCCAGAACAAAUGUUCAAGUAGGAGAUGUAGUAAUUGUCAAGGAGGACAAUGUUCUCAGAAAUGAGUGGAGGCUGGCUAGGGUUGUUGAAGCAAAUACAGAUGAUGAUGGAUUAGUCAGAAAGGUGAAGCUCCAAAUAGGGCAAAGAAAUUUAGUAAAGAAAGGUGAACGGUUGGUGCAAACUUCUUUUCUUGAGCGUCCAGUUCAAAAAUUAGUGAUAAUAGUUGAGAAUAAUUCUUAAACUAUGAUUAAGAUGGAUGCAUUAACAUAUAAAACAAUGUUGUUAAGAAGUUCGGAAUGUGACAGUUGUAUGAAUGUUUUGGAGUGUUUAUGAAAGUGACAGCUUGUAGAAAAUUUACAAGAUUUGAAUGAUUUGAUUAAAAUAUUGCUGACAGAAAUCUUGGUAAUUUUUGGUGGCAGUGUAGCUGUCACAGAAUUAAAGUGUUUGUGUUUAAAUUUCAGUUACUUUUAUAAAAGCAUUUUGUGGUGAAUGUAUUUUGUAAUAUAUAUUGUUAAAUGUGUGUUUGGUGAUGUAAUGUUAAGCCAUAAUAAUUUUGGUAAAGGUGACACCUACAGGUCAGCGAAUUUAAUGUCAGUUUGAGCAUGUCACGUGUUAGGACCUUGUGACUUUAGAACCACAAGGAGAAAAGCAUGGAUUCAGUGUCUGACUUAAAUAGGAAUAUUUGAAAAUUAAGCACUAAUGUCUCCUGAAAUUCUGAUUGGAUGAUGCACACGCAAUCCCUUUGGAACAGGCUAGUGCAUCGCAUGGGCCUACUCAACUUCCACUAGGCAUCCACAUUCGCGCUGCACCACUGCAUUUGCCUCUGGCUCCUGCACCAGUGCAUUUGCCUCCUGCGCCACUGCAUUUGCCUCCUGCGCCACUGCAUUUGCCUCCUGCACCACUGGAUUUGCCUCCUGCACCACUUGAUUUGCCUCCUGCACCACUUAAUUUGUCUGUUGCUGGAUCAUCACCUCCAUGUGCUUCAAAGUGGGCACAAACCACAGUUAGGUUAAGGUUAAGUUCACUCCUAGCACAAUUUGUCCAUUUAUAUAUUUUCUGUGACUUAUCUAUUUAAAUGUGUGCUAUAGAUACAAAGCCAUGGACACAAUGCAACAUUGCUUCUAAUUUCUCUGACCAAGCAAAUGGCUGAAGACUUUAAAUCUCCUGUAUUAAAGAAAGUAGAAGUGUGGAAAAAGGUAGCUGCACAAAUGCUGGCAAAAGGAUAUGACUGGAGCAGAGGCAUGUGACAAUAUUUCAGGCAGUUAAAACAGAUACAAAACAGUAGUGGAUAGUAAGAAGACUGGGAGUGGUUCCAGCAGCUGGGUAUUUUUCUCAUCAAUGGAGGACCUCCUGGCUAAUGAUCCCAGUGUGGUGCCAGUCCUGGUCGUGUCAUCUUUUCCUGGAUCUUCAUCAGAUCCAGUAACCACAGUACCAUCAACUUCACAACCAUGUAUGCCACUGAGCAGAAGAGGCAGAUGUCAGAACUCAUGUCCCUGCAAAAGCAAGCACUGGAAGUGGCAAACGAACGUAACAACAUUUUAAAAGACUUUG